AUGUACCGUUCGCGUUCCGCCUUCAAGCUACUGGAGAUAGUGCAAAGCCAUGGACACGGGAUGGUCCUAAGAAACUCCGCUAUACGCUCUGUCAUUGAUUUGGGUGCUGCCCCUGGAGGCUGGAGCCAGGUCAUGGCAGGGUUCUUGAGUGAUGGCAGUACGGGCACUGCUGUGAGCGCGGAUGGUCAGAGCGGAGGGUUCGGGCUCAAGAGUGGCGGAGGACUUCGAGAUACCAGGAUAUCUUCCGACGACGACGCAGAGGAGGCGCUUGCUUUGGAAACAGAACCUGCCCCAGUCCUCCCGCCGGUCAAGCGGAAAGUGGUCAUUGCCGUCGACAGACUGACUAUGGCACCCAUACGCGGCGUACACACCCUCAAACUGGACUUUCUUGCCCCUGGCUCUGAGGAGAUCAUAUCUACGCUCUUGAAGCAGGAGACAGGCUCCGAACGCGCAGACGUGAUCCUGUCCGACAUGGCCGCCAACUUUACCGGCAACCGUGUGGCGGACGCGGAGAAUGCGCUCGAGAUUGCCGAGACGGUGCUUACAUUCGCCGAGAAGCAUCUCACACUAUCGCAGAGGGGGCGCUUCAAAGGCGGCGCCUUAUUGAUAAAGUACUUCCAGUCCCCCGAAGCCGACAACUUUCGGAAGAAACGACUCGAACCCGCGUUCAAGAACGUUUACACUGUCAAACCCAAGGCUAGUCGGUCAGAAUCUGCCGAGUACUACUGGCUUUGCUACGGCUUUGGCCAUGUGACGCGUAAAAAGCGUUCGCGCUGA